AUGAAUCUGCUAUUACAGGAUCCGUUUAGUGUGUUGAAGGAGUACCCGGAAAAACUGACGAAUACGAUUGUGAAUCCGUUGAAAUCGACAUGUUUGAGGUUCAGUCCCUUUGGGGACUAUCUGGCUGUAGGGUGCUACAAUGGGACCAUUAUAGUGUAUGAUAUGGAUACUAUGAGGCCGAUCAAGCUGUUUUUCAGCAACCAGGCUAUUUACGGUUUGGAUUGGAGUUAUAAUGGCAAGUAUUUGUUGUCAUGUUCCAGAGAUUGGCAUGUCAAAGUGUGGGAUCUGGAUCUAGAUGAUGAGCCAUGCGGGUCUGUGUGUUUUGAUGGACCCGUGUGGGGGUGUAAUUGGAUUGAUAGUGACCGUUUGAGUUGUGUCGCCACUGUGUACGAGGAGAAAAAUGCAUAUUUAGUUGAUUUUGAAUUGGAUUCUGAAAGUAACAAGUUAGAAGGGAAAAUUAGACCCCUGCGAGGUGACACCGAGGUGGAAAUUGCAAACGAACAGGGGUAUGUGCUGACAAGUACGUUACAUCCGAAUUCAAAUAGUGGUACUAUAAUAAUAACAGGGACGUCAAAGGGAUUUAUCAAUUUCUAUAGACUGGAACAUCCGAAUCGAACGAUUAAAUUGAUCUACUCCAUGAAAAUUUCGAAUUCAAAUAUCAAGCAUAUAAUAGUUUCAUCUAACGGAGACAGAAUGGCCAUAAAUUCGUCUGAUAGAACUAUUCGACAGUACAAUUUGUUUCUCACAGACGAAGUCACGAUGGAAUUGGAACAUAAGUAUCAAGACGUCAUUAACAAAUUGCAAUGGAAUUGCAUUUUCUUCAGUGGGAAUUCAGGCGAUUACCUCGUGGCAUCGACGCAUGGUUCGUCGACACAUGAAUUGUACCUUUGGGAAACAAAUACGGGGACUUUAGUCAGGGUCCUUGAAGGUACGGAAGAAGAGCUCAUGGAUAUCGACUGGAACUUCCACACGAUGACCAUUGCGAGCAAUGGAUUCGAAACAGGUAACAUCUACUGCUGGUCUAUAGUGAUACCACCGAAAUGGAGUGCACUAGCCCCAGAUUUUGAAGAAGUCGACGAAAAUGUCGAUUAUGUGGAAAAGGAGAACGAAUUCGACGACGACGAUGAACUGCAGAUCAACGAAAUCAAGACUCUUCUCAACAACGAGGUCAAUAUCCAAAUCGAUCUCAUUACAAGAGACAAGUUCGACGUCAGAAGUAACGACAUCUCGCAACAGCAAUUUGUCAUACCGACGGACUACAGUCGCAUAGUACUGAUGAAACAACGGCGUCACGAGCACUUCUAA